GCUUCUCUCUUCUCUCCUGCUUCUCGCUGUGUCCCCCCGUCCCUCUGUCCCCCCGUGUCCCCCCCAUGUCCCCCUGUCCCCACCUGUGUCCCUCCCAUGUCCCUCUGCGUGUCCUGCCCGUCCCUGCGUCCUCACGUGUGUCUCCAUGUCCCCAUGGGUGUCCUCGUGUCCAUCCCUGUCCUCAUGGAUGUCCUCAUGGGUGUCCCCUGUCCCCAUGGGUGUCCCCAUGUCCUCAUGGCUGUCCUUGUGUCCCCAUGGGUGUCCUCGUGUCCUCACGGCUGUCCUCAUGUCCAUCCCUGUGUCCCCAUGUCCCUCUGUGUUGUCCAUCCCUGUAUCCUCCUCAUGUGCAUCCAUGUGUCCCCAUGGGUGUCCCUGUGUCCUCAUGGCUGUCCCUGUGUCCCCAUGGGUGUCCUCGUGUCCAUCCCUGUGUCCCCGUGCGCAUCCCUCUGUCCUUGUGUGUGUCCCUCAUCCGUCCUUGUGUUUUUGCAUCUGUGCUUGUGCCCCCCCGUGCGUCCCCGUGUCCCUGCUCGUAUCCCCAUGUGUCCUUGUGUCUGUCCCCACCUCCAUUCCCAUGGCCUUCUGUCUGUCCUGGUGUCCAUCGCCGUGUCUGUCCCUGUCUGUCCCCAUCCUUGUGUCUGUCCACACGUCUUUGUGUCUGUGUACUUGUGUCUGUCCUUGUGUCCUCUGUCCAUCCCCAUGUCCAUGCCCAUGUCCUUGUGUCCCUGCGUCUGCUCCUGUGUUCUCAUGUCCCUGUGCCUGUCCCCAUGUCCGUCCCUGUGUCUGUCCACAUCUCAUGUGCUUAUGGCUCUCCCUGUGUCCAUCUCUGCGUCCUUGUGUCUGUCCUUGUGUCCCUGUGUUCAUCUUGUGUCCUUGCGUCUGCCUCCAUGUCUGUGCCCAUGUCCUUGUGUCCAUCCCGUAUCCAUUCGUAUGUCCUUGUGCCCAUCUUGUGUCCCUGUGUGCCGCCAUGUCCAUGCCUGUGUCCCCGUAUCUGUUCCUGUGUCCCUGUGUCCCCACAUCUGUCCCUAUGUCCUUGUGUCCAUCCCCAUGUGUUCUCAUGUCCAUGGUUGUGUCCGCAUGUCUGUCUCUACGUCCUUGUGUCCAUCGCUCUGCGUCCCUACGUCUACACUUGCAUCCUCGUGUUUGUGCCUAUGUUCUUGUGUCUGUCCCCAUGUCCUUGGGUCCAUCUUGUGUCCUUGUAUCUGCCUCCACGUCUGUCCUUGUGUCUUUGUGUCUGUCCCCGUGCCCAUCCCUGUGUCCUUGGGUCCAUCUUGUGUCCUUGUAUCUGCCUCCACGUCUGUCCUGGUGUCUUUGUGUCUGUCCCCGUGCCCAUCCCUGUGUCCUUGGGUCCAUCUUGUGUCUUUGUGCCUGUCUCCACAUCUGUCUUUGUGUCCUUGUGUCUGUCCCCAUGUCCAUCUGUGUCCUUGGGUACAUCCCGUGUCCUUGUAUCUGCCUCCACGUCUGUCCUUGUGUCUUUGUGUCUGUCCCCGUGCCCACCCCUGUGUCCUUGGGUCCAUCUUGUGUCCUUGUAUCUGCCUCCACGUCUGUCCUGGUGUCUGUGUCUGUCCCCGUGCCCACCCCUGUGUCCUUGGGUCCAUCUUGUGUCCUUGUAUCUGCCUCCACGUCUGUCCUGGUGUCUUUGUGUCUGUCCCCGUGCCCAUCCCUGUGUCCUUGGGUCCAUCUUGUGUCCUUGUAUCUGCCUCCACGUCUGUCCUGGUGUCUUUGUGCCUGUCCCCGUGCCCAUCCCUGUGUCCUUGGGUCCAUCUUGUGUCCUUGUAUCUGCCUCCACGUCUGUCCUGGUGUCUUUGUGUCUGUCCCCGUGCCCAUCCCUGUGUCCUUGGGUCCAUCUUGUGUCCUUGUAUCUGCCUCCACGUCUGUCCUGGUGUCUUUGUGCCUGUCCCCGUGCCCAUCCCUGUGUCCUUGGGUCCAUCUUGUGUCCUUGUAUCUGCCUCCACGUCUGUCCUGGUGUCUUUGUGUCUGUCCCCGUGCCCAUCCCUGUGUCCUUGGGUCCAUCUUGUGUCCUUGUAUCUGCCUCCACGUCUGUCCUGGUGUCUUUGUGUCUGUCCCCGUGCCCAUCCCUGUGUCCUUGGGUCCAUCUUGUGUCUUUGUGCCUGUCUCCACAUCUGUCUUUGUGUCCUUGUGUCUGUCCCCAUGUCCAUCUCUGUCCUUGGGUACAUCCCGUGUCCUUGUAUCUGCCUCCACGUCCAUACCCAUGUCCUGGUGUCCAUCUCGUGUCCCUGUGUGUGCCCUCGUAUCCCUGCCUGUGUCCCCGUGUCUACCUCCAUGUCCAUCGUCACGUCUCGGUGUCCAUCUUGUGUCCCUGCGUGUGCCCUCGUGUCCAUGCCCGCGUCCCCCCGUCCACCUCCACGUCCGUCCCCACGCCCUGCGUCCGUCCCCGCGCCCGUCCCCCCCAGUCUUCGUGUGCCCGGGCACGCUGCAGCGCAUCGGCGAGGCCACCUCCACCCACGAGUCGGAGCACCAGGCGGGCGCCUGGUGCAAGGACCCGCUGCAGGCGGGCGACCGCAUCUACGUCAUGCCCUGGGUGCCCUACCGCACCGACACGCUCACCGAGUACGCCUCGUGGGCCGACUACGUGGGCGCCCGCCACACCACCACCUACCGCCUGCCCAACCGCGUCGACGGCACGGGCUUCGUGGUCUACGACGGCGCCGUCUUCUACAACAAGGAGCGCACGCGCAACGUGGUCAAGUACGACCUGCGCACCCGCAUCAAGAGCGGCGAGACGGUGGUGGGCGCCGCCAACUACCACGACACCUCGCCCUACCGCUGGGGCGGCAAGAGCGACAUCGACCUGGCCGUGGACGAGGAGGGCCUGUGGGUCAUCUACGCCACCGAGGGCAACGGCGGGCGCCUGGUCGUGAGCCAGCUCAACCCCUACACGCUGCGCUUCGAGGGCACCUGGGACACGGCCUACGACAAGCGGGCCGCCUCCAACGCCUUCAUGGCCUGCGGCGUGCUCUACGUGGUGCGCAGCGUCUACGCCGACGACGACAGCGAGGCCGCCGGCAACCGCGUGGCCUACGCCUUCAACACGCGGGCCAACCGCGAGGAGCCCGCCGGGCUGCCCUUCCCCAACCCCUACCAGUACGUCUCCUCCGUGGCCUACAACCCCCGCGACAACCAGCUCUACGUGUGGAACAACUACUUCGUGGUGCGCUACGGCCUCGAGUUCGGGCCGCCCGACCCCGGCGCCGGCCCGGCGACCACAGCGGCGCCCAGCGCGGCGGCGGCGCGGCCCACGGCGGCGCGGAGCUCGGCGGCGCCCGGGCCCAGCCCCACGGCGCGCCGCGGCCCGCUGACGCCGCCGCCGCCGCCGCCGCCGCCGCCGGCGCAGGGCGCCCCCCCGCGGCUGUGCGAGGCGCGCGAGGUGCGGCGCGUGCAGUGGCCGGCGGCGCAGCAGGGCGUCGUCGUGGAGCGGCCCUGCCCCAAGGGCACCCGCGGCAUCGCCUCCUUCCAGUGCCUGCUGGGCCUGGGCGUGUGGAACCCGCGCGGCCCCGACCUCAGCAACUGCACCAGCCCCUGGGUCAACCAGGUGGCCCAGAAGAUCAAGAGCGGGGAGAACGCGGCGAACAUCGCCAGCGAGCUGGCGCGGCACACGCGGGGGCCCGUCUACGCCGGCGACGUCAGCUCCUCCGUGCGCCUGCUCGAGCAGCUCCUGGACAUCCUGGACGCCCAGCUGCAGGCGCUGCGGCCCGUCGAGCGCGAGUCCGCCGGCAAGAACUACAACAAGAUGCACAAGCGGGAGCGGACGUGUAAGGAUUACAUCAAGGCGGUGGUGGAGGCGGUGGAUAACCUGCUGCGCCCCGAGGCGCUGGAGUCGUGGCGCGACAUGAACGGCUCGGAGCAGGCGCACACGGCCACCAUGCUGCUCGACGUGCUCGAGGAGGGCGCCUUCCUCCUGGCCGACAACGUCAAGGAGCCCGCCCGCUUCCUCGCCGCCCGCCAGAACCUCGUGCUGGAGGUGACGGUGCUCAACACGGAGGGGCAGGUCCAGGAGCUGGUUUUCCCCCAGGAGUUCGGGGGCGAGAGCUUCAUCCAGCUCUCGGCCAACACCCUUAAGCAGAACAGCCGAAAUGGGGUGGUCAAGGUGGUCUUCAUCCUGUACAACAACCUGGGGCUGUUCCUGUCGACGGAGAACGCGACGGUGCGGCUGGGGGGGGACGUGGGCGCCCGCAGCCCCUCGCUCGUCGUCAACUCCCAGGUCAUCGCCGCCUCCAUCAACAAGGAGUCCAGCCGGGUCUUCCUCAUGGACCCCGUGGUCUUCACCCUGCCCCACCUCGAGGCCAAGAACCACUUCAACGCCAACUGCUCCUUCUGGAACUACUCGGAGCGCUCCAUGACGGGGCACUGGUCGACGCAGGGCUGCCGCCUGCUCGACACCAACGCCACGCACACGUCCUGCGCCUGCAGCCACCUCACCAACUUCGCCGUCCUCAUGGCCCACCGCGAGAGCUACCAGGGCCGCCUGAACGAGCUGCUGCUGUCGGUGAUCUCGUGGGUGGGCAUCGUGGUGGCCCUGGUGUGCCUGGGCAUCUGCAUCUCGGCCUUCUGCUGCCUGCGCGGGCUGCCCUCCGACCGCACCACCAUCCACAAGAACCUCUGCAUCAGCCUCUUCCUCGCCGAGCUCGUCUUCCUCGUCGGCAUCGACAAGACCCAGUACCAGGUGGCCUGCCCCAUCUUUGCGGGGCUGCUGCACUACUUCUUCCUGGCGUCCUUCUCGUGGCUGUGCCUGGAGGGCGUCCACCUCUACCUGCUGCUGCUGGAGGUCUUCGAGAGCGACCUGUCGCGCCGCAAGUACUACUACGCCGGCGGCUACUGCUUCCCGGCCGUGGUGGUGGGCGUCGCCGCCGCCGUCGACCACCGCAGCUACGGCACCGACCAGGCGUGCUGGCUGCGGGUGGACAACUACUUCAUCUGGAGCUUCAUCGGCCCCGUGGCCUUCGUCAUCCUGGUGAACCUGGUGUUCCUGCUGGUGACGCUGCACAAGAUGAUCCGCAGCUCGGCCGCCCUCAAGCCCGACUCCAGCCGCCUCGACAGCAUCAAGUCGUGGGCGCUGGGGGCCAUCGCGCUGCUGCUGCUGCUGGGGCUGACGUGGGCCUUCGGCCUCCUCUUCGUCACCCGCGAGUCGGUGCUCACGGCCUCGCUCUUCACCGCCUGCAACGCCCUGCAGGGCACCUUCAUCUUCGUCUUCCACUGCGCCCUCCAGAAGAAGGUGCACCGGGAGCUCAGCAAAUGCCUGCGGCACGCGUCCUGCUGCCUGCGCAGCCCCCCCGGCACCACCCUGGGCUCCCUCAAGACCUCCGCCAUCCGCACCAACACCCGCUACUACACCGGCACCCAGAGCCGGAUCCGGAGGAUGUGGAACGACACCGUGCGGAAGCAGACGGAGUCCAGCUUCAUGGCGGGGGACCUGAACAGCACCCCCACCCUCAACCGAGGCACCAUGGGCAACCACCUGCUGACCAACCCGGUGCUGCAGCCCCGGGGGGGCACCAGCCCCUACAACACCCUCAUCGCCGAGUCGGUGGGCUUCAACCCCAGCUCGCCCCCCGCCUUCAACUCCCCAGGGAGCUUCCGCGAGACCAAGCACCCGCUGGGGGGGCCGCGCGACGCCGGCGCCCUGGACACGCUGCCGCUCAACGGCAACUUCAACAACAGCUACUCGCUGCGGGGCGCCGAGGGCGAGGGGGGGCCGGGGGGGCCGCGGGGGCCCGAGGGCCGCCGCCCCCCCCCGGACGCCGCCGCCCUGGAGAAGAUGAUCAUCUCCGAGCUGGUGCACAACAACCUGCGCGCCGCCGCCGCCGCCGCCGCCCACGCCGCCGCGCACGGGGGGGCCCCCGCGCACGGGGGGGCCGCCGCCGCCGCCGCCCUGCACGGGGGGGCCGCCUUGCACGGGGGGGCCGCCUCGCACGGCGGAGCCGCCUCGCACGCAGCCACCAUGUCGCACGGAGCAGCCGCGUCGCACGGAGGAGCCGCCAUCUCGCACGGGGGGCCGCCGCCCCCCCCGCCGCCGCCCCCCCCGCCGCCGCCGCCGCCCCCCCCCGGCGAGCCCCCCCCCGAGCUGGGACUGCUGUACCAGGAGCUGGCGCGGGCCCAAGCGGGGCUGGGCCCGGGGCCCGGGGGGCCGCCGCCCCCCCCUCCUUCGCCCCCCCGGGACUCGCGCUACGCCGCCGCCGCCGCCCCCCCCGCCGCCGCGGCGGUGCCCCCCCCCCGGGACUCGGCCUACCCGGACAGCAGCCCCGAGGGGCCCCCCGAGGCGCCCCCCUACUUCAGCGGCCCCCCGCCGCCCCGCGCCGCCGGCCCCCCCCCGCCGCCGCCCCCGCCGCCCCCCCCCGGCCCGGCCUACUGCCCCGGGCGGCGGCCCAGCCGCGAGGCCUUCGGGGGGGCCGAGGGGCCGGGGGGGCCCGAGCCCGACGGGCAGAUGCAGCUCGUCACCAGCCUCUGA